UUGAUGCGUGUCUAUGUUUUGACAGAUUUGUUUGUAUCAUGUUUUUGUUUAUUUCCCUUUUUGGGUCAAAGAUUUGAUAAUUUUUUCAAUCAAAAAAAUUGAGUUACAAUAAAAAUUACAUUUUUUCAUUUCAUUAAUAUGUCUGUUAUUGUAAUUGCUAUAGCUUCUGAAAGCGGAGUACCUAUAUUUUCGAGAAAACGGGGAAUCAAUGAAAAUAUCCAAUUUUCUACUAUUGCAUCUCUACAUGGAAUCAAUAUGUUCAGCAAAUGCCAUAACUUAGCAAUGGUUAGCACUCAAGUAGAUAAUGGGAAAAUUCUUUGGAAAGAAUACUGCAAGAGGUACCCAUUGAAAUAUCAGUACCUAAUAAUAUUCCUACUUAAAUAAUAAAUUCUAUAUUAAUAAUAUACUCUUAAAUAUUUUUAGUGUCACAUUAAUCGGUGUUGCUACAGGAGGUUUGGAAUGUGAUUUAGAGAUGCUGUUGGCUUGUGUACAUGAUGUAAUGGUAUUAUGUAUUGGCAAGAAGGACUUGGAGAAUCUCAAAAAUAUUGAUCAAGUGAAAAAAGAAUUAAGGCAAUGCUAUUCAAUCUUAGAUUACUUAUUGGAAUCAUUAGAUCCAAAUACAGCAUCAAAUUCAUUAGUGUUGGACCUUAUGCCGAGUAUUCUAUGUCCCCAAGCUCAACAAUUGCAGCAAGCUCUUGAUCAUUAUGAAGAAAGUGUAACUGGUCGCUGGGCAUGUCUCAGUAUCUAUGGUCACUUAGUAGCAACAAGUUCAGAUUUCCAAGAACUAGACCCCCGGGAAGCUCGGUUAUUACUACUAUUAACUGCAGCUCAAGAUGGUGCACCACUCAGAGACACACCUGUAUAUUUGCCACAAACAAGUCCUAAUGUAGCAUUUAGAGCAGUCACUUGUAAAUUAUUAGCAGAUGUAUACAUACUGGUGAUUUGUGGAGCCACACCAGCUCUAUCACAGAUUGAUGAAAUCGUACUACAGUGCUGGGAAGGAUACGCUCAAAUAAUCAAGGAAGCAAAGUUAAUUUACCCAAGAAAUUUCCCUAUCAGUAUUUCCUUUGAACCUACUAUAUUAGGUAUUUUAGCAAUCAACAUAACAAAACGGAGAUGUGUGUACUCGCGUCACGUCAAUGUUACAAAUCAAAAGAAUCGGAGUAUGUCAGGAGCGCAUCGGACCGACAUACUCCGUACAUUCUACGUCACAACUGCGAGGCAUUUGGCGCCUGAAUUAAAAAAUAAAGAGAACGACGACUACAAAGAUGACUGGGCUGAUGGCAUGUGUGACACAUACUGGAGUUCCGAAUACCACAAAUGCCACGCUCAGAGAUCAGGCAAUCUUAUGUGCUGUGUGCUAUACGCUUCUACAGUACCCAUUCAUACAAUGAGGCUAAUAACAACUCAAAUACUUCAGGAUCUGAACACAAACAAAGAAGUCUAUUGGUGAAUGAAAAUCAUGUAUGGCAUUCACAAAAAUCAUUUCAAUAAAUCCGUCCAUGUAAAAAAGUACAUAAUAAUUAAUUAUAAGUAAGGUUGAAUACACUUUGAGCCAAUAAGUGGAAGAAAUAUUGGUAUAUGAAAGAAAUUAUGAAGUCUCAGGACUUGAGUCAAAAAUUAGGAUGAUUAG